AUGAAGCUUUGGUUGUCCUUCGUGCUCAUUCCCUUGGCAGUGGCAAUCCGGGCGGACUCUACGCACAAAGCCGCAGACGGCGUCAACAACGGCAUGACACGCUCAGACGUGAAGACUGCCGCCGAGGACAUUGAUGUGCUGGCACUCGUGGGAGCCAAGAAGUGUUGUGCCUGCAAAGAAGACCCAAACAGAAAGGGCAAGUGCAAGAAGGACACCAACGGCAAGACAAGCGGUUGUGGACCCGAUUGCGACCAUGAACCAGGAUACAAGUGCUGGCACAGGCUCGGGUAUAUCUUCCACGACCUGGACUGCGAGAAGUACAACUGA